CACAACCCGCCUCCUCCAGUUAGUUCUUCAUCUCACUUGCUUGUUGAAGUAUACGGAUGCCGAGUGCAUUUGUAGAGGAUAAAAAGAACGCGAAGGGAGAGAGAAACAUUCAUUCUCGCCACAGGAAGAGUGCACGGUUAUAACUUGCAACAAAGCGAAUCAGCUUUUAUUUAUUUAUUUAUUUAUUUAUUUAUUUAUUUUUCAAAUCAUUACCGGACUGCACAAUACAACGGACUUUCAAUCUGAAGUAUUCUGGUUACAGUGGGGUGUAUGACAGCCAGCAGCCUUGGUGAGAUUUGCUUUUCAAAACGGCCGGCUGCAUUGCCAAGUAAUCACCCACUCUGGAUUACAGCAGAUGCGGUAAACCAGGACAACAAAGGAGUCACUGACUUUCACCUCUAACAAAAACGGGACAGAAGUCGUUUACUGGAAAAAAAAACAUCAAAACUAAAAAGGAAGUCUAAAAAGAGAAAGUCAUCAAGCUUAUCUUCAAUUCCGUUUCCCACCCUGAAAAAAAAUUAUAUAAUUAAUACCAAAAAUAACGGCAAUAAUAUGGAUAAUAUACUUGCCUUUUAUGGAAUCCUUUUCUGAGUUCAAGGGUUCAGAAUUUGACCCCUUGCAGAAAUCCGGAUUUGUCUUUUGCAUGGUGAGUGUCUUUAAGGAAACUGACCAUGGAACCCUAGGAAAGAUUCUGAGGUAACAGGACUGCUAUACGGAAUACCAGGAAUACUGGUCUGCUAGGGGAUGGGGGGGAUAUGUAUUAUGUUGUGCAGUGCAAUAACUUUUUGUUAGCGAAACAUAUACAGGAUUUUAUUCUGUUUUUUUUUUUGUUUUUUUUUUAAAAACAACUGGCUGAAAAAACAAAUAAAAAAAAUAAUAAAAUGUGCAACUCUACUUCCAUAAACUGUGAUGUGGACUCGAAAAUCGACCACCUUUUUCAGCCCACUUUAUACAUCAUCGUGAUUGUCAUUGGCUUGCCCACCAACUGCUUGGCCCUCUGGGCCGCGUACCUGCAGGUGAAACAAAAGAACGAACUGGGGAUCUACCUGAUGAACCUCUCCAUCGCUGACCUGCUUUACAUCGCCACGCUGCCCCUGUGGAUCGACUACUUCCUGCACCACGACAACUGGAUCCACGGGCAGGAGUCCUGCAAGCUCUUCGGCUUCAUCUUCUACACCAACAUCUACGUCAGCAUCGCCUUCCUGUGCUGCAUAUCCGUGGACCGCUACCUGGCCGUGGCCCACCCCUUGAAGUUCGCCAAGAUCCGUCGAGUCAAGACGGCCAUUGCCGUCAGCCUCGUGGUCUGGACCGUGGAGGUCGUGGCCAACUCGGCCCCUCUGUUCCACGACGAGCUGUUCUGUGACCGCUACAACCACACUUUCUGUUUCGAAAAGUACCCCAUGGAGGGUUGGGUGGCCAAAAUGAACCUCUACCGUGUCUUUGUGGGCUUCCUCUUCCCCUGGAUGCUCAUGCUGUUCUCCUACCAGGGGAUCCUGAAGGCGGUCAAGGGGAACGUCUCCACCGAGAAGCAAGAGAAAGCCAAGAUCAAGCGUCUGGCGCUCAGCCUGAUUGUGAUCGUGCUUUUCUGUUUCGCCCCCUACCACGUCAUCCUGCUGUCCCGCAGCACCAUCUAUCUGAUCAAGCCCUGCGACUGCAGUUUCGAGGAGAAGGUUUUUACUGCCUAUCACGUUUCACUGGCUCUCACAAGCCUGAACUGCGUGGCUGACCCCAUCUUGUACUGUUUCGUCAACGAGGGAGCCCGCAGCGACGUUACUAAAGCCCUGGCUACCUUUUUCAGGUUUUUCACCAAGGCUAAGUCUCAAGAGACGCUGGCUAGCGGUUCCAUCACCCUUGAAACCCCGCUUUCCUCCAAGAAGCCCAGCUUGUACAACAACACGGAGAUGAACAGUUAUUCUUACAACACCAGGCAAGUGGUGUUACAGGAAGAGGGCCUUCAGAUGAAAAUAAAAAAAUAAAGAUUGUAUGAACAGGUUUUUUUUAAAAUUUUAUUUAUUUUUGCUUAUGUAAAUAAUAAUUACUGUAAAAAAUGUUUAAAAAGGUACAAAUGAAAUGUGCUCAAUGUUACAAAAUAAAACAAAUAAUGGAAGAGAUUAGGACAUAAUCAUAUGUUCUUAAUUUUAUAUACAAGUCCAGCUAGGUUCUAGGUUCAGUUCCUGUGUUAAAGAAUACAAGCUUAACUCAAAGCAUCUAAUUUAUUAUUUUUUUAUUUUUUUACUUUUUUUAAAAUGUGUAAAUAAUGUGGCUGGGAUUUCUGGGAUUUAUUUAUUUUACUUUGUUGCAACUCUAAACUCUCUACCCGUCUGAUUAUGGACGAAACGUUAGUCCACCAUCUUGAAAAAAAAACCAUAGAAUUGGUCCAUUCAGAACCAAAUUAAAUUAUCUUAAAAAAAAAAAAAUCAGAACAAGCUGUAUUUAUUUAAUUUGAUACAUUAAAUUUAGACUUUAAAGUAUUUAAACUCUGGCUUUCAGUCACCUUUGAAGUCAUCUAGAAGAUCUAAAAGCAUGUCAUUUUUUUAUUGAUUUAUUUUUAUACAGAUCCAUGUACAAUUUUAUAACCUAAAAAAAAAAAACACCUUACAUUUGGAAAUAAACAAGGUCCAAAACUCAUUGACAAAGCAAAUAAAAUCGAGCUGUUUUUACAACGCACACAAAACACAAAAACGGGAAGCAUUAGGUAGAGAAGGUCAACCGGUUUGGAAGAAAGGGUUCAAUAUGCCUUCUCCCUGAUCCUAAAGAAUAGGGAGUUGGGGGUUAGGGACCAGAGUAAUGAGAAAAUAUUGAUUAGUGUAUAUUGAUUUCAGGAUGCCUCGGAAGGGCUAUAUCCUUGGCAUAGGAAAUGGCUUUUGUUUCUGACUAAAAGGUUAUUUCCUGCAUUAACUCGCCUUUUACCUUUUACUGGGAGACACAAGCGUUGUGCUGUUGUGUUUUGUACAGCGCAAAACAAUUAACAGUAAAAACAAAAAGACCUUGUUCAAAGGCUACAAGAUCCCAAGCAGAGCCACUUUUUCUGUUUCGUUGAUUCUUUUCAUUCACCUUUGAACAUGUUUGCAUGUUUUUAUUCGCGGUAAGGAAAAAGCAAGAGAGAAGAGAAGGUCACUAAAAAAAAAAGCCUUUGUGUACCAAGGUGAAAAGGUCACACAUUUAUACAGCAGCGUGUGCAAGUCUCUUUAGCUGAUUUAUCUUUUUGUCUUGGAGUAUGUAACUUAUUGUCUUGUAAGUAGGUUGCAUAUAAUUGUAGUUCCUUGUGUCAAAUUGAUAUUGAAACCUCUCCACGAUUGGCAAUAUUUACUGUAUGUAAGUAAGGAAUUUCACCUGAAAUUCAAAGAAACACUUGAGUACUCACUUGAUGGUACUUUCCCAGUAUGAUUAACCGUUAACACUUAGGGGAGCUCAAACACUCAAGUGUUGCUUUUGAAUUUGGCCUAUAUCUUUAACUAAACGCGAGUUUACGAAUCACGUUCCACCCAAUGCCUUUUCCCCAUCUGAAAGAAUGUACACAGUCUAUCAGGCUGCCAAACAGAGAUACCAACUGACCCUGACCAAAAUCAUACCACAAUGUACCGUAGCAACACGCUAUAUUUAGACGUCACUUUUUCUAAGCAUCUCCUCCAGCAGAAUUAUGUAACUAACUACUAUCAAAUUCAGAAAUGGUGGCAUUAAAAUCUACGCUGCUAAAACAAUACUCCCAAAUUUAAUAAGCAAUGCAGACUAACAUACUAAGAUAAACCAUGCAAGAAUCAACAAAGCAAGUACAUAAUACGAAUGCCGUGUCUUUAAACGUUUAGCAGUCGUAAACUAAACUGCAGCGUUUCUACGUUUAAACUUGGCACAUGAAAUAGGCCAUCGUUACCUUGUAUAUGGUGCGGAAUAGCCCCCGCUGCACUCCUCUCUGCCAGCUCUCAAUGAAAGAGAUGUUGUCUUUCCCUCUGUGUUUUCAUGUUAACAGGAAUACAGCCAGAGCCCUACAGGUUGAACAGCAUCUGUCAUAUUAAAUGAUAAUGCAAUAUUACAGUGUUACAGAACCCCCUGCAGUGUUUAGAAGAAAUACAUUACUUUACCAUUUCUGCAUCCGUAUCGCUGCAAUCAUUUUUUCAACAUAUUCACGAUUUGUUUUGAUAUAUAUAUAUUUAUUUCACCCAUCACAGGUGUACAUCAACUAGAACAUUUCUUUUCCUCAACUUUUACUCUGGAACGUUCACCAGCAGAAAGAGAAUUUUGCUUCUGAAUGUCACGGAGUAUCCAGAACAUGCUUCCUCC